CGGUGACGCUUCCUCUCCUGGCCAACUUGGCUGAAGUGUCACCAGAGCGACACGGACGGACUUUAAUAAAGUUGCUACCCCGGCGCUCUCCUGGUCCAGACAUGGCCCCCAGCACGCAGAUGAAAGAGGCAAUAGCCGAUGUGCAGGAGGGGAUCCGUGCCAUCCUGCUCGGACCACCCGGAGCCGGGAAGGGCACUCAGGCCCCUCGGCUGGCAGAGAAGUACUGUGUUUGCCACCUGGCCACCGGAGACAUGUUGAGGGCGAUGGUGGCUUCGGGCUCCGAUCUCGGCAAGAGGCUCAAGCAGACCAUGGACGCUGGCAAACUGGUCAGCGAUGAGAUGGUCGUGGAGCUCAUAGAGAAGAACUUGGACACGUCCGCCUGCAAAAAAGGCUUCCUGCUGGACGGGUUCCCUCGCACAGUCAAACAAGCGGAGAUGCUGGACGACUUGCUGGACAAGAGACAGGAGAAGCUGGACUCUGUGAUCGAGUUCGCCGUCGAUGACUCUCUGUUGGUCCGCAGGAUCUGUGGCAGACUAAUUCAUCAGCCGAGUGGCCGCUCCUACCACGAGGAGUUUAACCCCCCCAAAGAGCCCAUGAAGGAUGACUUGACAGGCGAGCCUCUCAUCCGCCGCAGCGACGACAACGAGACGACGCUGCGCUCCCGUCUGGACGCCUACCACCGGCAGACCGUCCCUCUGGUGAAGUACUACAGCGCCAGGGGCCUGCACACGGCCGUCGACGCCGCUAAGAGCCCAAACGUCGUCUUUGCCUCCAUCGUAGCUGCCUUCUCCGCUGCUACGGAAGCCCCCGCACGUGCCACCGCCUGUAAAGACCAAGUGUUCUUCAUUUAAAAGCCUUUCUUCAUCCUUCCCAUAUCCUCUCCUACGGGAUCUUUCUCCCCCCCCCCCAACGGUGGAGAUUAUACAAGAGUCGAUCGAGUGUCACAGCGGCAACAAAAAUGUAACUUUGAAGAUGGAGACUCAGUGUGGCGUCAGCUCAUCAGCUGGUUUGAUCCCUGUUGUAGAAACAGAAAGGAUUCAAAGAUGUGUUUUUGUUACUCCUCAUCACAAAAAUCAAGAGUGAAAGAGAACUGAUCAAUAACGACAACAGAGAGCUUAGCCCCAUGCUGCUGCGUCUGCCUUCCUACCAUAUAAGAUUUUGACAUUUAGCCGAGCAGAAUGUCACUCUAGAGAUGCUUUUCAUCAGAUGUGUUUAAAAAUAUUGACGUUUGUUGCAUAUUGUUUGCCUUCGCUGGACAGGUUUGCUCUUGUUUAAUCGAUGACUUUGCCCUUUUCUCUUCAUCUUUGAUUCUCUCGCACAAACAGUAGAUCUCCUGUUUCUUCCUAUUAGAUUGUAUUCCCUCCUCCUUUGUUUCCUCAAAGGUACAAACACAUUAGAAGUGUCUGACAUUUCGCACACGCAAGUCAAUUUCAGUGGCCUUAAAUUGUGUCAGAUUGGUUUUAAGUGCACUGGCUGAGAAGCAAAGCUGUCGGGUUUUAACGAGGUGUCAUAAAACUGCAAUGACUGGUAACAGUUUGGAGGGAAAAAAAUCUUAAGACAGGGCUGAUGAAACUGCAGUUAAUAGGACCUGACAUCUAAAAUGUGUAAGUUGCCUCACGUUUAAUUAUCGGGAAAUAUGAAAUGCAUGAUAGUUUUAAUCGUAGUCUAUUUAAAAGUUGUUCCUCUCCAGGGGUGCAGGAGAGUUAACAGGAGGGCAGUGGAGCCAAAGAGACCACAUGAGGCGAAAGGAACAGCUGCAUGCAGAUGUUCUGUAAACAGGAAGCUAGUUUGACAAUUAAGGUACUUUAAAACGUGGGUGCUGCAAUUUGAGUCAAAAAUAUCAGUCAAUUUAAAUCAGAACACGCUAAGCUGAUGCACACAGAUUCAGUGUGACUAAAAAUUUACGAGGGUAUCAUCGUACUUCAUACUCAAUGCCAAAAAAAAAAGAUGUUCGUUAUGACUGCAGAACUUGCCUUGGAAACAUCACGUUUUUAAGUUUUCUGCCACAGUAACACGAUCCAGUGAUGGUUUCAUGUUCAUCCAUGGGAACAUUACAAACAGGAACUGCUAAUGGCUAAUUCGGCAUACUACAGAGUCCCACUGUGGUCAAUAUAAAGCAGUCUGUAUACUUCCCUUCAUUCCUUCAUCCAUCAGUAUAACCUGCUGUCUCUUCCUCCUCCUUGGCUUGAUCCUGCUCUCACUCUCUGACUGCAUGAAUGACCUUUUGGACGUUUAAGAGUUGGUACUGGUUGGAAAUUAAGUCGGUAUUUGAUACUGCAAAAUCAAUAUGCACUUUACUGACUGCUCAGCGUUUAUAUAGCUGUAGACAUAAAGGGUCUAAUGUUGGCUCAGAGUGGCUCGACACCAUCGCAGGCUUUGGAAGGUUUACAGAAUCAAGUUUUUAUUGUCAAACUUUUCUGAAGUUUUUCUGAGUCAGAAUCUUUUCAGUGGGAGCGCUGAUUAUUGAAUAUUUGCACUCCGAGCUGUAAAGAGGCUCAGCCAAGUCUUUUAUUAAUUCUCAAUGUUGGAUAACGGAUGUGACAUGUCGCCCCUGGUUUAGAUGGCGUGAUCUAGACUUCGGUUGCUGAAUAUGACUGAGGCCAAGCUGUGAACAGGAAGUCUUGAUAUUUUUCCAUUAUUGUUAACGUGCCUAUAAUAUUACGUAUGAAAUGAGAAGGUGAGAAGAGUCAGUCGUAGUGGUGAACUUGGAGAACUAUCAACUAAAUGUGCAGCUCCCCCUGUUUUCUCCCAGAAACAAGGCUCCAUAAUGUUGCUUUAUUCACUGUAGUAGCUUAAUAUGUCACCAGUCAUCUUAGUCCUGCUCGUAUAAAAUGGCAUCAUACAAAAAUGAA